AUGUCACGACCAGUUGGAACCUUUAUUUCACUAGAAUCACCACGCAUGAAAUCAUGUUGUUGUUGCUUAAAGUUAAAAACUGGUGUAGUAAUUAUUAGUAUAUUAUGGAUUUUAUACGGUAUUUAUCAAGCUACUGCUAACUUUUUAGCAUUCCAAAAUCGUAAUAAUAAUACAGAUAACUUCUUUUCAUAUGUAUCCACAUUUGCUAUUAUCGAGGGAAUAUUAUCAUUAUUCACUGUAAUUGGUGCGCUUUAUGGAUUACUCGUCGUGAGCUUUGCGAAUAGAAUACGAUUAUUCCAAAAAUACGUAAUAAUCGCAUGGAUAAUUGCAUUGAUUCAAUGCUCUAUAAACAUCGCCGAAAUAAUCAUCCUAGUUUCAAGGAAAAAUUCGUAUAUUCAGUACUGUGAAAGUAUAAAUUACACAGAGGAUAUGUGUCUAUCAACCUAUAAUAUCUUGGUACCUAUCGAAAUUGCCCAAGAUUUGUUUAUGAUUAUUAUCUCGAUUUAUUUCGCGACUGUAGUUGCAGCAUAUAGAGCUCAUCGGCACGAAAAAGAAUCAUCUGCAGGAAUACUCUGA